CCAUUUCGGCCCUGACAUGGCGCCAAGUGAAUCGGGGGGCUGGAAUAAGGCCUGCCAUAUUUAAAGAAAUCCAGCUGCUUGGAAACAUCAAGUGUCAGCAAAGAAAGCACAGUUCAACAGGAGCUCCACUAUCAAUUCCUCAGCAACCGUGUGUGACCAGGUCUCAGAUAAGCUAAAUCAAUACAUAACCAAAGGGUCAAUGUCUGAAGACGGUCAGAACCUUCCAAACCAUCAGCGUUUCCCAUCUGCCACUCCUGUCAAAGAGCUGGAGCAUGUUUUGGACAGCUGCAGGAUGGAAUUAAAUCAUGUGAAUGAAGUGUGGCCUAACCUGUACAUAGGUGAUAUCUUGAUUGCACAUGACAAGGAAGAACUGAGGAAACUUGGCAUCACCCAUGUACUGAAUGCUGCACAUUCCACAUGGGAAAGUAAAGGAGAUCAAGCCUUCUAUGGCCAAGAAAUCCAUUAUUGUGGAAUAGCUGCAGAAGAUUCAACUGAUUUUAACCUGCGUGAGCACUUCUACCCUGCCUCAGAGUACAUUAAUAAAGCACUGAGUGCUCUGAAUGGAAAGAUCUUAGUUCACUGCGUUGUUGGUAAAAGCAGAUCCGCCACCUUGGUGCUGGCUUACCUUAUGAUCUACCAUCACUUCUCACUGACCGAUGCUGUCCAAUGUGUCAUCCAGCACCGAGCCAUUUCACCAAACCGAGGGUUCCUGAAACAGCUACACGACCUAGAUGUUGAAUUGCAAGACAGGACAAACCUGUGUGAGCUCUUAUAAUGGAGGUGGGGGAAGAUCAAUAGUGACUAUAAAAUAUGAAGUGCCCCAAAGUGUUAAAGGAAGUAAAAAGAUUAAAUGAAUCUGAACCAAAAUUCUAGUACCAAAGCCUACCCCUGUCCCUCAUUUUGUGAUGGGGGAAUCUCAUAAUCUGAACUUGGAUCUGGCUCUGAAUUUCACAUUUGUCUCCUCUCUCUCUCUGUCUCAAACUGGCUUAACCCUAACCUUGAUCUGAAUAAUCCUGAUCUUUUGGAAGGUCAAAAUCCAAAUCCAAAUUUGUGGUUUGGACCUGUCUCCAAGAAGAAGCAGUGAACUAACUGUCACCUGUUGAGUCUCCAUUUGUAUAUGCUGCCCUUCUGGGAUUGAUCCCAUAUUUCACAGUAAUACUGGCUGAAGAGAACCCUGCAACAACCCUAACUCUUGAUCAGGUGCAGUUUGCUUUAGCUGAUAUUAGAUGGUUAAAUCCAUGGCUUCCCCAUUUCCCACCCCUGCUCCCGCAAGGGAGAGUCAAUUCAAGAAGGAAACGGGGAAUGAAUUUCUCUGUACAUGACAGCAUUUUUCUCUAUUAAGGACAGAAAAAUCUAUCAAAUGCUAGGCUGGCCUGAGUGGACGCCUUGCAAGUUACAAGUGCACUGUACUUACAUCUUUUACAAAUCAGAGACUCGCUCCUCCCCUUUCUUCUGUAUUUUUCUUGGUACUCUGUUCAUUGUCUGUUCCAUUUUCCCUUAGGGAUAUUUUUCCUCUCCCCCAUUUUCCACUCCUUUUCCAGCCUCUCCGUAGUUGAAAGCAAACCUCAUCACAUUCACAUUUGAACCAAAACUUGCAAACUCACAGGCUUCUCGUGGAUUUGAAAUGUCAAACAACCUGACUCAUCCCUAGUUAACAUGGGCCUGGAACAACCUCCAUGUACUCACCUGGGGGUAUUUCCAUGGGUAGUUCUUUUGCUGGCUGUUUCUCCUUUGGCACUGCUCCAACACCUUAUAGAAACCCCUUCACUGUGAUUUCAUGGAGCUUUAGGGGUGGAGCUGGGGAGUGGCCACAUGCUCCUUGGUACCAUCCACAGCAGCCUGCCCAAAUUUCUGCAUUAAAUUGUAUUCACUUUCACUGUCUCCUUUCUGUGCCUGCUGCUCAGCAGCUGCAGGGAGACCCUGCCAGUACCAGUGCUGUGACGUCACAGAAAACCACACAAGGAUGCAGAGGCGGAAGGGAGUCUCUUUCCCAUGAAUCACUAGGAUCUAUGAGGUUGGGAUGACUCCCCCACAUUCUAUUAGGCACAACUGACAGGAAACCUUAGGGAAUUUUCUCUCUUCUCUUGUGGACUUUUCCCUGGAAGAGGCUGGGUUGGCCCACAUAUAGCCUGGAGCUCACACCUUCUGACUGUCCAUCAAAUCCGGAGAUUGCUGCAGUCUGCAUUGUGCAACUGCUCUAGCCCUGUGUCUGGUUCUUGGUUUGUUGGAUAUAUUUGGUUACGAAGAGUGUUCUUGUUUUUCAAAGAAUUCUUGUGUAAUUCUGCAUUGUGUGUGUUUUAAUACCCUCACAGAGCAACUAAGUACAGUUGCUAGGCACGCUAUGAAAAAUAUAUAGUGUCACUUUAAUGCAGAAACUUCAUUUAUUUGGAACGUUUAUACAGUUAUACUGUGGUUUGGAAAGCUUUGCUUUUGACAGUUUUAUCUGAGUGACUUUUUUUUUUUCCAUUCAGCAAAUAUCAGGUUUCUUUAAAAAAAAACAGGUGAAAGGGCCUCUAUUCUCAUUUGAUGAGGAUCAGGGCAGUGUCAGCCUUGCUGCAAAUACAUCUGGUUAUUGCAGGAGAAUUUCUCAGAUGCAGAAAACAAUGUUUAAAACAGAGAUCUGGGGGUUACUGGCUCCUGACAUUUAUCAAUGCUUCUUUGAAGAACGACCUGAAAGCUGCGUACAGCAAAACCUGCUUUCCUCUCUGCCCUGUAAUCAGUUUUCAAACUCCUGCUUUAAUUCACAUGAAACUGAAGUGAAUUGAUAAGUCAGUUACACAUCUAGGCUUUCAGAAGGAUUAUACUUCCCAUCCACUGCAAGCCAUGACAGCCAUGCAAACCAACUACAGAUUCACCAGCAAUGACACUAUUGCCCAGAUGCCAACUGCUCCCCAGCCAAUCUCACUCCAUGCAGCUGUCCUUCCCAGUCAGUAGCCUCCUCUCUAUAAUAAAAAUAGCUUUACAUGUCAUUAUGUUAAAAAACAAACACCAAAAAAACAAGCACUGGUUGCUGCCUUUGGGAGUCUAUAUCUUCCAAGGAGUGUUCUCCCUGGCCCCAACCCUUUUGCUCCCCAAACCCUCCUUGUCACUAUCAGCUGUUCUAUCUCAUAAGACAUAAGCCCCUUAAGACAGAGAUUUCUUCUUGUUUUCAUCUAUAAAGCACCAGACACACCGAUGGUUCUAUGUAAACAAAUUAUAAUCCUCAGACCUUUCAUUGAUCCCAGCCCUUUUACCGCCACAUCUCAACUUCCUUGACCAUUUUUGUGUUGUGAUCCCAUAUUUUGUAGAAUUGUCUUGGCUCAGAGGCACCACAAAAAUACAUCAUUCUGACAGUCAGGGUCCCGACACCCUAAGGGGAGAGCAGAACCCAAAAGAGCAAGCAAUUGAAUCACACAGUGUUACAGUGUAUAAAAAUAUUUCAAGUAAGGUCUUUUACCAAAGCUUGUAACAUUCAAAACUUGGUCAUUAUGAGCUAUAUGGACUGUGGUUAUGAAUUUAUGUAUUUGUGUAGAUAUGAAAUGGUGAUCAUAAUCUGUGCUGCAACAUUCAGCUCCACCUCACAACAGGGAGUGAGCAGGCAGGCAGGGAGGGGCUGCCUCCCCAAACAGACAAGACUAGCUCCAAGCACCUAGCAUUGUACAAUCUAGGAGCAGACAAUGGUGGGCCGUUAGAGUUAAUAGGAAAACACAGAGACAUCUUGGCUAGAAUUUCCCCACCCUAAAUAACCAUGAGUCACCAUGCCAGGAGAGGAAGGGGAAAAGGCAGGGAGGCUGGGGAAGGGAGUGGAAGCCCUUAAACUUUAUCUGAAGUUUUUAUCCAGAAACUGAGGUGCAGGAAGCUAUCCAUGAAAUUCCCUCUAAGACCAGUGGCAUGCCAGGAAACUCUUCAGAGGCAAUAGGUAGCAUAUUGGAAAAGGGGAUUUGUCUAAUGUAGAGGCAUAAAGCCUGAAAUUGUGUAUUUAUGUUUAUUUUCUGUGUAACUUAUAUGUGUUUGCUUUUCUUUCCAACUUCAGCUUUGAAUCUGUGAUAUUUUUCUUAAAUAAACCUUU